AGACCAAGAAGAGAAUAGAAAGACUGUCAAUCUGGAACAAGGCCCUGUUAUGACAAACAAUGGGGAGCGACAGGAAAUUAUAGACAAUUUAAGGAUAAUUUCGUCGAACAGAAUCGGCCAAUUUGUAGACUUUGUCAGGAGAGUGGUCAUGUUGCACACUGCCAACAAGAAAAUGUACUUAGAAGUACUGAGACCAAGGAACAACCCUCACGAAGAAUGGAGAGAAUAGGUUCACUCUUGGAGGAAGAACUACCUGGAGAUGGGGGUCUCAACCCAGUAGUGCAGAACCAAAUAAAAGCUGUCGGCAUGCCACCUGCAGAUGAUGUUACGCCAGCCAGUGCUGGGAAAGUUUUGGGCAAAGUCAUAUGGUUCCAUGUAAGACGUGGUUAUGGCUUUAUCGAUCAAGAUGACACGAAGAGAGAUAUCUUUGUACACUACACAGGCAUCCAGAAGAACAACCCAAGAAAAUAUCUUCAAAGUCUGGAAGUUGGAGAGACUGUAGAGUUUUAUGUGGUCAAAGGAAAGAAAGGUCUACACGCAGCAAAUGUAACUGGUCCUAGUGGUAUUCCAGUGCAAGGCAGCAAAUAUACAGCAGAUCGCAAUCAGUAUCAGCACUAUCCAUAUCACAGGGGUUCUCCAAAUAACUACCAGCCAAACUAUCGAUAUAAUGAAGGUGGAGAGGAGUCAGACAAAGUUGAAAGUAUGGCUAUAAGUGCUAAUCCCCAGUCACAUUACUGGAGACAUCGCUACCCACCAAACUACCCAAGGAAACCAUAUGGAAACAGACAAUAUCCCGAUGUCCCAGCGCAGAGUGAGUUUUUGUGGAGAACAGUUGUACAAGAUACACAGAAACAGAGUGGGUUGGUGCAUCAGAGCUUUCAUGAAGUAGUCAGACCACAGUCUAUUGUAGAGUCAUUAUGUCAGAGUAAGACAAUAAUGGAGGACACUUAUUCCAGUAUAGCCCACCACAACCAAGCAGAUAUGCAGGCAUAUUGUAAGGAAAAUACUGAAAGCAUUACCAACUUAUCCAUAGCAGAGAGGUUGUGGUCCUCUGUACAGAAUUGCCUGGAUUUUGUCAUGCAAAGGCUGGAUUCUUCUCUUCCUGAGCAAUCAUAUAGUUUAGUGAAAGAGCCCUCAAUUUCUGUUCCUUCAGAGUAUACAUUCACAGACAAUGAAUAUAUUGAGAAGAAUCCCAGUGAUUUAGCAUUCAUUAUGUAG